AUGGCCUUGAAGCUGAAUGCCAUCAACUUUGAAUCCCCAAAAUGCCCGUCGUUUUCUCUUCCUCCGAUGGCCGCCCACCGGUCGCCGAGAUUUUUGAUGGCCUCCACCCUCCGCUCGGGCUCAAAUGAGGUUGAGACCGGCAAGAAGCCGUUCAGUCCCCCACGCGAGGUUCACAUUCAAGUCACUCAUUCCAUGCCGCCUCAAAAGAUAGAGAUCUUCAAAUCCAUGGAGGGAUGGGCCGAGAACAAUAUACUGACUCACCUCAAACCCGUCGAGAAGAGCUGGCAGCCUCAGGAUUUUCUGCCAGACCCCUCUUCUGAUGGAUUUCACGAUCAGGUCAGGGAACUGAGGGAAAGAGCCAAGGAGAUUCCCGAUGAUUAUUUUGUUGUUUUAGUUGGUGAUAUGAUCACUGAGGAAGCCCUCCCGACUUACCAGACGAUGCUUAAUACUUUGGAUGGCGUUCGAGAUGAAACGGGAGCUAGCCCAACUCCUUGGGCUAUUUGGACGAGGGCUUGGACGGCUGAGGAAAAUCGGCACGGGGACCUUCUGAAUAAGUAUCUCUACCUUUGUGGACGGGUUGACAUGAGGCAAAUAGAGAAGACUAUUCAGUAUUUGAUUGGUUCAGGAAUGGACCCAAGGACAGAGAACAGCCCUUACCUGGGCUUCAUUUACACGUCUUUCCAGGAACGGGCCACAUUCAUCUCCCAUGGAAACACGGCCCGUCUAGCCCGGGCCCAUGGAGACCUCAAGCUGGCCCAAAUCUGUGGGACCAUCGCCUCAGACGAGAAGCGACACGAAACUGCAUACACCAAAAUUGUCGACAAGCUUUUCGAAGUGGACCCAGACGGGACUGUGCUAGCAUUUGCCGACAUGAUGCGAAAAAAGAUUUCAAUGCCGGCCCACCUUAUGUAUGACGGGCUUGACGACAGCCUGUUCGAGCACUUCUCUGCCGUGGCCCAGCGACUCGGUGUAUACACUGCUAGGGACUAUGCUGACAUCCUCGAGCACCUGGUGGGCCGGUGGAAGGUGGCGGGCCUGAUGGGCCUGUCUGGGGAGGGGAGAAAGGCCCAGGAGUACGUGUGUGGGCUGCCGCAGAGGAUUAGGAGACUGGAGGAGAGGGCUGCGGGCCGGGCCAAGCAAGGCCCGAGGAUCCCGUUCAGCUGGAUUUACGGUAGGGACGUGCAGCUCUGA